AUGGACGUAUUAUUACGAACAUUAGCACGCCGCAAGACGUCCUCACCGACCCGCGGCGGCGGCGGCGGGGACCACAAUCAAUCUCGGCGGGACGAGAAUAACGGCGGGGGACACAACCGGCAGUUUGAGCUUGUUCUCGAAGUGCUCGCGCGAGGACUGGUGGAGUAUGCCGUACGGAAGUACAUGCCCAACCAUAACAACGACAGGGAUGGGCACAAGGGACAUCACGACAAUCGGCUAGGAACAAGAAGUCAUCCGGACGAAGACCAGAGACCCAGGGGCGGCGUUCCUAACUCGGACAUGGAGAUGUGGGAGCACCUGGGAAAGAGCAUUCUGGCGAAAGCGAUUGAGAAGUUCGGGAAAGGGGGCGAAGAUAAGGAGGAAGUACGCGGGGAUGUGAGAGCCAAGGGUCUUGAGGGGACAAGAGAGAUGGAGGGGAGAAGCGGCAGUCGUGAUCGGUACACGAACUCGCGUGGGCGCUCUCAUAAUCGAGCCGAAGACCAUGGCGAAGAGCACGGGAGACGGAGACGGAGUCGUGACGGUUAUAGACGCAGGUCAAGGGAGGAUUAUCGCCGCGAUGGCUCGAGGGAGCACUCGCGGCAUCAUCGGGAUGAGCGUCAGGGACGACGAAGACAUACGGACUACGCCCCUCUCAAAGCUGAGCUGGAGGCGCUCUCGAAUGCCAUCAUUUCUCUAAACGCAAGACAGCCUGGACAUCCCAACUGCGAGUUCUACGACGCGUUUGUGGAGAGGUCUGGGAAGGUGCAAGACUCCAUCGGGGCUGUCCUUGUACAGGUUCGGAGAAGAGAGGACAGGAGGGAGGAGCGUAGAGGUCGUCGGAGAGGUUGA